UCCCUGUUAGCAUCGGCUGCCUGUCAAUGGUGUGCUGUAACAUUAUGUUCUGCAAUGUUAGCAACAGAAAAAAACAGCAAUUGAAAAGUCUUUCCAUGAACUAUCAGUACUCACAAUCAGCUUAGAGUGUUUUUUUCUGGAUGCUGUACAGAUCGGUCCAGGUGGUAAUAUAUUUGAAUUUGUAAGGUGUUGGAGGAGGAAAGUAACUUUUCCAGUUGAUGCCUUUAAAGUACAUAUAACUGCAGUCAUGUAGAAAUGACUUCUGCAUAGCAAACUCGUUACUCAUAACUGCAGUAAUAUCGCUAUGACGUUUUUUCGUAGCAAACUAGUUUUAAAAAGGAAUCAUAAAGCAAAGGUUUAGUGAAAUACUGAUCUUCAAUAGCGCAUUAUGUUUCCAUUAUAGGAUAUUUAAUGAUUCCAAUAUAUUAAAGAGCUGUGCAUAUGCUGGUUUCCUUUUAAACAGUUCAAUACGGUGAAGUCAGUGUGCUUGGCUGAGAUUAAUGCUAAAUAUAGAUCCAUAGAGACAGUCUGUUUCAUGACUGCCUUCAUGGGUCCUGCAGGGGCUGACAGGCUCCUAUGGGGCUAAAAGUGGAGGGGAACAGCAGUACAAGUUCUGCUCUGGGGCUUUGGCACGGGCUGAGUUCCUCCACGCUGGCCUUUUACCUGAACGUGGCGAUGUUAUACAAUGGAGAAAACUUCUUUGGAAAUUAACCUCCCCAGUACUGAUGAAGAAAGAAAGCUUUACGUAGUUGAUUCCUUAAACAACCUGAACAAACUAAAUGUUUGCCCAGAUGAAUUUCAGCGUCCACUGGGUGAGGACGUUGAGAGCACUGGUGGUACUAGAGAGAACCUAGCAGGGAGCAAAACAAGAAACCAGUGCUACUUCUUCAUUGCCUUCAUUCUUACUUUGAUUGUCAGUUUGGCAAUUGUUUCAUUUGUAAUAUUCUUAAUAAUUCAAACUAGAAACAAGAUGGACCAAAUAUCAAGCAGACUCAUAUCUGAAAGGAAGAACAUAGAAGAGCUUAAGAAAAUGAACAAUAUGAUACUUAAGUAUCUAAAUCAAUCAGGAAUGAAGGAAAAGGAAAGAUACCUCUUCACACAGUCUCCUGAGCUUCAUGAUUACUUCUUCACCCAUCCAGAAAUGAAAGUCUCUGGAAAAUAGAUCUACUCUGGAAUGAAACUCAGCAUCACUUUAUUCAUGUAUUCAGAUGUUUUCACAUAUGAUAUACAGACAUUCUGAUAUGGUCACAGGAAAAUUACAAAGGCUAUCUGAAUGAAAAAUAUUAGAAAAGAAUAUUGGAUUCUGUUUGAUGUGAACACAGAUUUUGAAAACUAAGCCCAUAUAAUUCACUAUGAACAGUGAAUAGUCAACAAUUUUCAGUAGUUUCAGAUUCUCUGUGCGCUCUAAAUUACAGAGCUAGGAGCUUAGUUUUACUUCAGAUGUAAGAGAACACAUAGAAUAGUGAUUUUUACUCAAGUGAUUCCUGCAUGGCCUUGUUGACAUUGGAACAACUUCUGUCUUUGCUUCUAUAUUAUUUGUAUUCAUAGAUAACUGCAGAUUUCAUCACUUACAAAUAAAUACAGUUUUGCCACUGA